AUGAGGAUAAGGAAACCCGAUUCUUUUUGUUCCAGUACAGCAAUUUUCGCGAUGGAAGGCAUAAACGUGGUGAUGCCAGUGGAGAAUGAGAUGAAGAAGCCGGCCGACUUCCUCGGCUGUCCAGGGGUGCUGAACGUGACCAUGGUCUUCGUGGCAGCGCUGUAUGGGACGGUGGGGAUCUUUGGAUACAUCAAAUACGGGGAUGAGGUGCUGGGCAGCAUCACGCUGAAUCUGCCUGAAAAUGAAGCGCCAGCGCUAACUGCGAAGAUACUGGUAGCCAUCGCUGUCUUCUUCACAUACUGCCUGCAAAUGUACGCGCCUAUGGACAUCAUCUGGUCACGACUCCAGAAGUCGGUCGGGCAGAAGUACCAGAACAUGGGCCAAGUUCUGCUGAGGACGCUCAGUGUCACUCUGACCGUGAUCCUGGCCAUAGCUGUACCAGAUUUAGCUCUCUUGAUUGAACUUGUGGGCGCCAUCUUUUUCUCAACGUUGGGACUGCUCAUCCCCGUAGUGGUACAAACAGUCCACCGCUGGGACCGUGGGCUGGGCAAAUACCAGUACAUAUUGUGGAAGAAUGGACUACUAUUGUUGUUUUACCUUUUAGUGUUACUGUCUGGUUGUUAUUCUGCUGUAAGUAAAUUGGUUGCGAAGUUUUUAUAGUCUUGAGUCUUACAGUUAAAAUAAAGUGCAUUUAGUGGUAAUGGUACUUAGUCAAGAUCUAUUUAUUGUAUGGUAAAUGUAUGAGUAAUUUGAAUGGAUUGUAAGUUUUAAUGGUAAAUUCCUUGUAAUUAUCUAUCAAUAUGUAUUU